UUGUGGGGUUACUGUAGUUAGGUGUGUGAGGCAACGCAAGUGACGUAGAGACAGUUUGGCCUCGUGAGUUGCCGUAAUUUUUGCGUGGGAUUCGGUGUCCAGAGGUGCCGAAGGGUUUAACUCUGAUCGUGUAACAAUUCAUUAUGGAAACGCUUUUGACAAAGGUCGCUCAAAGAAAAAUGUAUGAGGAGUAACGAAGUUUUCAACAAGAAUUAGAAUGGACAGCCUUUGUGGAGAGGGAGGCUUCUGCUGUGUGUGGAAAUUCACAGAUGGUGAGGAUGGCAAAGCAUUCGUACUCGACGUUGCCAAUCAACACUUAGCCAACUUUGCAUCAAGACAAGAUAAUCAAACAAAUAAAAGACACGCCUUUGUCGGCAAGAACUGUUCACCAUCCUACCAGCGUGAUGGCAAAUCUAAUUGAAUUAUGUUCAUGAUUAAUUGACGGAAAUCUCAACGCCUCCGUGAAGAUUAAAAUGAGGAUGUACGAAACAAGACUAUCAAACCAUUUGCAAAACCGGGAAGCACCUGAAGUCGCAUUCAUGGCACGCUCUCUGCAGUCCACCGGACCCUCUUGUGAACGUCUACCCACAUUGAAGGACAGAGAAAAAGCCAAAAGCCAAAGUGAUUUCCCUACAAGCACAGACAAAGAACAAAGGCUCACAUACUCCCUUUGUUUUUGUUCAAGCCGUCUAAGAAAGCUCUUUGCAGUUUCAUUCUCAGUUCCUUCCGCACUGUUGGGGUCGCGAACGCAGCAACUGCAUUCCACUGCAGGAACGCUGAGAGAGCGAGGAAGGAAAAGAGUAAGGGUCAAAAAGAGUGACCUGGGAUAGUUGGUGAAGUUGUGUCCGAACUGGAAGCUGAGAGAAGAGAUGCUUGAAGAUGACUGUUGUCUGAAGAAUACUGUGGCUAUCCUUUAAGACUUUGAACAACUCACCUCUUUUAAGUCAAAGGGGUAUUAUUGGAUGCAGAAUUAGUCCUUCAAAAUGAGCCUGCGAGGGGGCUUGGGCUGUUGCUUUUGGCUGUUGCUGGUUGGUUGUUGUUUGUCCAUCUCCUGGGCAGCCAAACCCAGAAUGCCCGGCCACACGCACCUCAACUCAAUUCGCAUUGACGGGGACAUAUCUUUGGGUGGGCUUUUCCCGGUGCAUGCAAGGGGAAAUGAGGGGAAAGCAUGUGGUGAGCUAAAGAAGGAGAAGGGGAUCCACAGGUUGGAGGCCAUGUUGUUCGCUUUGGACCGCAUCAAUAAUGACAAUGAGCUGCUGCCCAACAUCACUUUGGGCGCUCGCAUUCUGGACACUUGCUCCCGAGACACUCACGCUCUGGAGCAGUCGUUGACGUUUGUACAGGCGCUGAUUGAGAAGGACUCAACGGAUGUCAAGUGCCUCAGCGGGGGGCCGCCCAUCAUCACAAAGCCAGAGCGAGUGGUCGGCGUGAUCGGCGCAUCCGCGAGCUCCGUGUCAAUCAUGGUGGCCAACAUACUACGUCUCUUCAAGAUCCCUCAGGUGAGCUACGCCUCCACAGCUCCAGAACUGAGCGACAACACGCGUUACGACUUCUUCUCUCGGGUGGUGCCGCCUGACACCUACCAGGCUCAGGCCAUGGUGGACAUCGUCAAAGCCAUGCGCUGGAACUACGUCUCCACUGUGGCGUCUGAGGGAAACUACGGGGAAAGCGGCGUGGACGCAUUCAUUCAAAAGUCUCGAGAGGACGGUGUCCUGUGCAUUUCCCAGUCUGUGAAAAUUCCACGAGAACCAAAAGCCGGGGAGUUUGACAAGGUCAUUCGUAGGCUGAGUGAGAACCCCAACGCCCGGGUGGUCAUUAUAUUUGCCAACGAAGAUGACAUCAGGCGGCUCCUCCAAGCGGCAAAGAAGGCCAAUCAGACGGGCCAUUUUAUCUGGGUAGGAUCAGACAGCUGGGGGUCCAAAAUCUCCCCAAUACUGAACCAGGAAGAGAUGGCUGAGGGUGCUGUAACCAUCCUGCCGAAACGACAAUCCAUCAGAGCGUUUGACCGUUACUUCAUCAGCCGGACCCUGGAGAACAACAGGCGAAACAUUUGGUUUGCAGAGUUCUGGGAGAAUAACUUCCAGUGCAAACUCAGUCGGCAUGCUGUGAGGAGAGGCUCCGGCGUCAAAAAGUGCACGAAUCACGAGAGGAUUGGUAAAGAUUCUUCCUAUGAACAGGAGGGGAAGGUCCAGUUCGUGAUUGAUGCCGUGUACGCCAUGGCUCACGCACUGCACGACAUGCACAAAGAUCUCUGCCCGGGGAAAGUUGGCCUCUGCUCCAAGAUGGAUACCAUCAAUGGCACCUUGCUGCUCAAAUACAUUCGAAAUGUCAAUUUCUCAGGAAUUGCUGGCACGCCUGUGGUCUUCAACAUAAACGGAGACGCUCCCGGUCGCUAUGAAAUCUACCAAUACCAGAUCAAAAAUAACAACACAGAGUACAAAAUCAUUGGCCGCUGGACUGACCGCUUGCACUUAGAUACAGACGAGAUGCAGUGGCCAGGUGAAACACAAGAAGUGCCCUCUUCCAUUUGCAGCCAACCAUGCCGAGCUGGCCAGCGUAAGAAAACCGUGAAAGGAAUUCCCUGUUGUUGGCACUGCGAGAAUUGUGACGGCUACCAGUAUCAAGCAGACACUUACACGUGCAAGAUGUGUCGCUUCGACUUGCGGCCCAAUGACAACCACACCGGCUGCGUUCCCAUUCCCAUUGUCAAACUGGAGUGGAGCUCCCCGUGGGCUGUCAUCCCCGUGCUCAUCGCAGUCCUGGGCAUCGUGGCGACGGUGUUUGUGGUGGUCACCUUUGUGCGCUACAAUGACACGCCCAUUGUUAAGGCCUUGGGUCGAGAAUUGAGCUACGUGCUGCUGACUGGAAUCUUCUUGUGCUACGUCACAACUUUCCUCAUGAUCUCCACCCCUGAUGUUUUUAUAUGUUCACUGCGCCGGAUCUUUCUUGGCCUGGGUAUGAGCAUCAGCUACGCAGCCCUGCUCACCAAGACUAAUCGUAUAUACAGGAUUUUUGAGCAAGGCAAAAUGUCAGUCAGCGCCCCUCGCUUCAUCUCCCCGGCCUCACAGUUAGUCAUCACAUUCAGCCUGAUUUCAGUGCAACUCCUCGGGGUUUGCAUCUGGUUUGGUGUUGAUCCGUCGCAAGCCAUCAUUGACUACGAAGACCAGCGUACAGCCAAUCCUGAUCUGGCCCGCGGAGUUUUGAAGUGCGACAUAUCGGAUCUCUCCCUCAUCUGCCUUUUGGGAUACAGCAUGCUCCUGAUGGUCACCUGCACAGUUUACGCCAUCAAGACCAGAGGGGUACCGGAGACGUUUAACGAGGCCAAACCGAUUGGCUUUACCAUGUACACCACUUGCAUCGUAUGGCUUGCCUUCAUCCCCAUCUUCUUUGGGACUUCACAAUCAGCAGAAAAGAUGUACAUCCAGACCACAACUUUGACCAUCUCUGUCAGCCUCAGUGCAUCAGUCUCUCUGGGAAUGCUCUAUAUGCCCAAGGUCUACGUGGUUCUCUUUCAUCCAGAGCAGAACAUUCCGAAGCGCAAGCGCAGCCUGAAGGCUGUGGUCACUGCGGCCACCAUGUCGAACAAGUUCAACCCGAAAGGCGGUCUGAGGCCCAAUGGCGAGGCCAAGUCAGAACUCUGUGAAAGUCUGGAAACACAAGCGUUGGCCUCCAAACAGACGUAUAUAAGCUACAGCAACCACGCCAUCUAAGAAGGAGCCGUGUGUGGGCCUUCGGAGAGCUGCUGCAGCAGAGAGGAUAAAUGGCUUGAACGAUGUCAUACCUUUUUUUUUUUUUUUUUUUUAAAUAAAUGCCACUUUUAUCCGCAAUGAGUCAAAUGCAAGUAAGAGAUGAUGAAAAGACUGGACCCUUCAUGAAAAUGUUAGGUUGCGAUGUUUCCAGGUGCGGGAUGAAUGAACCACCUGCAACCAACAAUACGUUUUCCUUCGGAAGUUGAUAGCACACAUUUCAGGCAUCUCCCGAGCGGAGUAAUUUGACUCAUUCAAAGAAAGAAAGCGAAGAGGCGGGAGACUGGAGUUUGUUUCUGCAGGUGAACUGUUUGGAAAUGGUUCUGGAGUUGCUACUCAUCAAACUGUACAUGCCUUACAAGAGUUCAUCGAGUACUGCAACAUGAACGAACCAUAUCUGGCAACAGUCUGAUUCAUUUUUAUUUUUAGUGUUUCAUACGACGUCAACAUCGCCACCGUUUUUGGCAAACCUACUGUACAGUCCCAGCGCAUGCUUGUGGGAGCAUCACGUGUUCCGUGCUGUGUUGUCAGUGGAAUGCGACGUGUCAUGAUUGUCAUUAACAGUGGAGAGAAUUAGCCACCCUUCCUUCUGGUACGCAAACAGAAAAAGAAGCCCAACAAAAUACUAAUGGACCUUUCCGACUGGCGAUCUUCAGUGCCGCCCCCCUUAGCAACAGUUGCCAUGCCCCACAAUCUUCCAAAAUGGGGACUGAACAUAACAGGUUUGAACUGGAUUCUCUAUCGCGUAUUCCAGAUAAUAUUGGGGUAUGUUUUUUGCCAAAUGCGUCAGGCCUGUCCAAGAGAGUUCUACAGAGAGGUCUCAACAAUUUCACACAAGGAUAUGUACCCGGAAUUAAGAUUUUGGACGGAGCAGCAUGCAAUGUCAGAGUUACAGCGAAACGUUGGCGUUUGAUGCAAAAAAUGUUGACGCCUCACAAACUCCGUAUUGAAAUCCAACAGGAUAAAAUAGUGGAAUCGUACUGUGCAUGUAGAGCAGGGUGAGUACUUUUUACUUGGAAAGAUCAUGAGUAAUAUCAUUGGAGUCUCUAUAAGUGAGCGGGUGUAUUCAUUUGACUUUUGCUCGUAAUGGAAAUUCUUAAAAGUCUGAUGCGAUACUGCUGGGCAAAUGGACAUUUCUCUUGCGUGACAUCGCGCAUUUACGUAUCACUAACCCGACUCUUCGGCAUAAAACAUGACACACUUCAUUCAGCAGGUAUGUGAUACACGAACAAAGUGAAAGUUGUUCUCCUGCACUGUAGAAAGCACUGAUAAUAAUUCAAUCAAGCUCAGAGAAGAUACUUCUCCCCUCCCUUACCUUCGAACAUACAGCCUUGUUUUUGUCGAUAUUGUUCACAUUCAAUUGUUCGUGCGGUCGUCCGCAAGCCUCAAUCCCUCGUAGAGACUUCGUCAACUGUGUUUUAGCCUUUGGAAAGUGAAUCAACCGGGCCCCUUGUAACCUAGCAGGACGUCUUUCAUCAAAAUAGCAAGUUCCCCAAGCGCAUCUGAAGACCAUUUUGUUCGUAACAUUAACUUUUCCAAGCCCACGCUACUGACAAGCAGCAUUGCUUGUGGGACAACAUGGCGGCAGGAGGGGCGGGUCAAACUAGGGAUUAAGACAAUGCGGCAAUUUGAUUGGCUAUUAUUGUACGAGUGAUUGACAGGUCGGAAAGGUCCACUGCUCGUUUGUUUUUUAAGAGCGGGCUUCAUAUUUGGUAUCCCAAACAAGAUGUUGGAAACUUACUGAUAUCAAAGUGAUAUUUAGGCUAUUCGUGUCCUUUAGUAGCAUCUGGAUGAAAACAUACAUUGAAAGUUUGCCACCGUGCAGCUUGAGAAGUAAGAGCCACUGUCUCCAUUUUACGCUCUGGCCAUUUAUCCUCCGUGGACCAUUCAUGGUGUAGACUCUUUGUAUAAUGUCUGAGUCCAUCCUCUUCAAACACGAGGAAGAGCUCAGUGUACAAAAUCCAAGUGUGUAAACUCCAUUUCUAUCGUCAGUCCCCCGUUCUCCUUCUGUAUUCCAUGUAAAAAAAAAAAAAAAAAGCCACACAAAAAAAAAAACCAAGCAACUCUGGAAUUCGUCACCGUAACUCUUAUCCUCAGCGAUGCAGAAUAUGUAUGUUGCAUGUCAAAAAUUGUACGUCACGUGAACAAUUUGAUAUUUGGGUCGGAUGUCCAGCAGAAAAAACACUGCAAAGAAUUACAAAUCACAAAUAGAUUUGGUUGAAUUGAAAGCUCUUGCAGCUUUCAACUUGAACAAAGAGUUCUUAGAUAUUGCUGCAAAUGUUUUUUUUUUUUUUUUUUUUCCCAAGCAUUGGGAUAAAGUAUUGUUUGUGGAAAAUGUGUUUGUGUAUAUGAAUACAAUUAACUGCUUUUUUUUUUUUGUCCAAUAUCACUUUUAUUUUUCUAAAACACUAUACGUGUUAAAAAAUAGAAUUUGUUCAUAAGUACUGAGUGAACCUGGUCAAGUUGCAAGUAAAUGUACGUUUACAAAUGUUUGCUUUAUGUACUGGAGUUAUUUUUUACAAAAAAGAAAUACAAAUAAAUACA